UUUCCAUUUACUUCCGUCUCUGCCUCCUCCCUUUCCCUUCCCCAAGCAAUAAAAAGCUGCCAAAUAUACGUCCGCCAAAAGAGAGCGCAAUCUUCUCCGGAAGAGGGGGAAGUGAUAGCCGAGCGAGAUGAUGCAAAUGCUUCGAUUCCGCGGGGGCUCCGCCUCGACUCCGUCUUCCAAGAACGCCCCCACCUCCCCCAGAUCCGGCCCUCGUUCUAGCCCUAAUCCUAACCCUAACCCUUACGAUGCUGCGUCCGCAUGCGUCACCCCCGGAUCGGUCGGCCCGGCCAGGCCCCUGCGGCUGGUGUACUGCGACGACAACGGCAAGUUCCGGAUGGACCCGGAGGCCGUCGCCACGCUUCAGCUCGUCAAGGGCCCCAUCGGCGUCGUCGCCGUCUGCGGGCGCGCGCGGCAGGGCAAGAGCUUCGUCCUCAAUCAGCUAUUAGGAAGGAGCUGUGGAUUCCAAGUAGCCUCAACUCAUCGACCAUGUACCAAGGGACUUUGGAUGUGGAGUGCACCUUUAAAGAGAACCGCUAUUGAUGGAACUGAAUAUAAUCUUCUAUUGCUGGAUAGUGAAGGAAUUGAUGCUUAUGAUCAAACGGGAACAUACAGCAUUCAGAUAUUCUCCUUAGCUGUUCUCUUGUCAAGCCUAUUCAUCUAUAACCAGAUGGGUGGCAUAGAUGAGGCUGCACUUGAUCGAUUAUCUCUUGUUACUGAGAUGACUAAACAUAUCCGUGUUAGAGCAACUGACAGAAUGUCUAUGGUAUCUGAACUUGGUCAAUUUUCACCGAUGUUUGUGUGGCUUCUGAGGGACUUCUAUCUGGAUUUGUCUGAGGAUAACAACAAAAUUACUCCACGUGAUUACCUAGAGUUGGCCUUAAGGCCCAUGCAGGGUGGAGGAAAAGAUGUAUUGGCAAAGAAUGAGAUUCGGGAGUCAAUUUGUGCUCUUUUUCCGGAAAGAGAGUGCUUGACACUUGUGAGGCCAUUAAAUGAUGAAAAUGAUCUCCAACGCCUUGAUCAAGUUCCUGUAGCAAGAUUAAGACAAGAAUUCAGAUCAGGCCUUGAUGCAUUGAUGAAUUUUGUUUUCGAGCGAACCAGGCCUAAACAAGUAGGGGACAUUGUCAUGACAGGUCCUGUUCUUGCUGGCAUCACACAAUUGUUUCUGGAUGCUAUCAACAAUGGGGCUGUCCCUACGAUAUCCUCCUCAUGGCAGAGUGUUGAAGAGUUGGAAUGCAGAAAGGCAUAUGACUUUGCGACUGGGAUUUACUUGUCAUCUUUUGAUCGCACUAGGCCAGCUGAUGAGGCUAUUCUCAGAAAAGUACAUGAAGAUGCUGUUCACAAAUCACUUGCUGCCUUUAAUACUUGUGCCAUGGGUGCUGGUUCAGCACGAUUAAAUUAUGAGAAACUUCUUAAGAACUUCUUCAGAAAGACAUUUGAGGACUACAAGAGGACAGCCUUUUUGGAGGCCGAUAAGAGAUGCUCAAAUACCGUGAGAAGUAUGGAAAACAACUUGAGACAAGCUUGUCAUGAUGCUGAUGCUAGAGUUGACAGGGUGAUUAAGGUUCUGAAUGAUCUGAUCUCUGAGUAUGAAUCAUCUUCACAUGGUCCAAGCAAAUGGAAGACAUUGGCUACCUUCUUAUUUGAGUGUUUGGAAGGACCCAUCAAGGAUGUUUUUGAGAAGCAAUUACAUCAAACUGAUUCAGAGAGGGGUAUUCUUGCAUUGAAAUGCUGUUCAAAUGAAGACAAAUUGGGACUGCUGAAGAAGCAACUUACAGCAAAUGAAAAGCACAGAUCUGAAUAUAUGAAGCGUUAUGAGGAUGCGAUCAUUGAUAAGAAAAGAAUGUCUGAAGAUCUAAGUUCUCGUAUUGUGAACUUGAAAAGCAAAUGCAGCACGAUAGAGGAGUGCUGUAUUUGUCUGUCCAAGGAUCUUGAUGAUGUUAGACGUGAGUCCUCUGAUUGGAGAAAUAAGUAUGAUCAACGUGAUUUGGAGUUGCAAAGAGAAAAAGAGAAAUUCUAUGCUCAAAAAACAAUUCUUGAAUCUAGUUACACUGUUACCGAGGGGAGAUUCGCUGUUGCUCAUGAACAGGUAAUAUCUGCUCAAGAAGAGGCAUUGGAGUGGAAACAGAAAUAUGACAUUGCUGCUGGAGAAGCUAAAGCAGGUCUGGAGAGGUCAGGAUUAGUGCAGGAAUGGGCUAACGACAAGGCACUAGAAAGGGAAGAUGUGAUAAGAGAAGAAUGGGGCACUGAGUUGCUGGAAAAGGAAGAGGAAAUCAAGAACUUGAAUGCAAAACUGGAGAACACUGAGAGCCUCAUUGGUACCAUGGGUACGCAAUUGGAGGAUGUGGAAUCAAAAGUAGCACAUCAUAAAUCAGAACAUUUGGGCUUGAGGAAUGAAAUCAAAGAAUUGCUUGAGAAAGUGGAUUCUAUGAAGGUGAUGGCUCAAUCACAUGAGAACCAAAGCAAAAUUCUGGAACAAGAAAAGGAACAUCUUGAAGAGAAGUUCCUAGCUGAAAUAAAAAAAUUUGAUGAAACAGAAGAACGGAUUAAAUAUGCUGAAAGAGGUGCAAAGAUGGCAAUUGAGUUGGCUGAUGCUGCGCGGGCUGAAUUAGUUAUUAUCCAGAAGGACAAAAGUGAAGCACAACGACUUGCACUUGAACGAUUGGCAGUGAUUGAAAGAGUUGAAAAGAAAAUUGAUAGCUUGGAGCACGAGAAAGCAAAGUUGACGGAUGAAAUAGAGAGGCUGCAUCAGUCUGAUGCCUUGUCGAAGGUUUCAUCACUUGAGAGAAGAGUUGAGGAACGAGAGCAAGCAAUUGAGGAUUUGUUGUGUCAGAGUAAUGAACAAAGAUCCAGCACAGUCCAUGUAUUUGAGAGCCUUUUGGCCACGGAACGUGCUGCUCAAGCUGAGGCCAACCGUAGAGCGGAGGUCAUGUCAUUGCAGCUACAAGCUACUCAAGGCAAACUGGAUAAGCUCCACCAAGAUCUGACAUCUAUACUUCUAGUCGAGACUGCACUCGACAGCAAACUCAGAACUGUUUCUCAUCGUAAACGUUCUAGAGACGAUGACUUCGGUACGGGCUCUAUGGAAAACACUGAAGAUGGCAAAGAUCAGGCAAGAGGUGCGAAACGAUCCAAGAGUACUACCAGCCCGCUGAAGUAUGUUUCCUCGUAAGGUGAUGGUCCGUACAAAGGGAAAGAUUCACGUUUCGUGGAGCCAAGAAAUUCAGGAAACUGAAUCUGAAAAUUGCAUGAAGUUCACUGCUCUGAAACAUAAACAGGAGCUUGUGGAACAUGGAUUCGGUGCAUAGCUGUUCAAACAGAAGAACCCGAACAUGAAGGAAACCCUUUCUCUUUCUGAGAAGCCAUAUGAUUUGUGGGCACUGUUUAUUUUGCUGUCUAUAGAGUCAAUUUUUAAUGCUGUUAAUUGAGUUGUGCAUAUAGUGUUACCCAAGUUUGCUAGGACUGCAUCUUAUGGAUGUGGUUACCAAAUUCCAAUAUGAGAUGGAAACCAAGCACUCAUAAAAUAUGGAAGUCUGGCUUAGGUGUAAUGAUUGAUGAUAAAUGUGGAAACAUGUACAAAGUUUUUCGUCCUUAAGGAGUUUCUUUACUGUAUGGUGUU